AUGGUGAUCGAGAUGGAGCUGGGCGAGCUCAAGCUGCGGAGCGGCCUCCUCUCGACGGCGGAGCGCGCCAGGCACAGAAAGGCGCACCCGUGCAUCGAGGGCUGGUCGGCAAAGGAGGUGCGUAAGCUGCUCGAGGCGACCGGGCUCGGCCGCUUCGCCGCCGCCUUCUUCUCGCGCGGCGUGGGCGGCGACGAGCUGCUGCGCAUGUCCGGCGACGAGCUCCGCGCGGUGAUGGCGGAGCAGGCCAGCAGGGAGGAGGCGAGCGCAAGGGAGGCGGCUGCUCAGCUGCUGGCGGCGCAGCUGGAGAUGCUGCGGGCGCGCGAGUGCUGA